AUGGCACCGAAAAAAGAUGGAACGCCAUCGAGGAAGGCCGCGGUUUCUACUCCCAAAAGUGAAUCGAGAGUUACGAGAAGCCGUGCUAAAGGUGGGUUUUCUAGUUUUAUUACGUUUGUGCGAGGUUUAGGUAAUGUAAAAUCUUGUUGCAGUGUCAGCUCCCUGUGAACCCACAAGUAUCCAAAAGAAGACGGAUGAGAUCGUCGGACGAUUACAGAAAAUGCUAGAAACAACCUCUGGCUUGUUAGAGUUAUGGUCCGAGCAGCAAGAAAAGGUAGGCAGAUUGUUUUUCUCGAUAUUGUUUUAGUUCCACCAAUGCGUCCAAGAGAGAAAGACAAAUUUCUGGGGUUUAAUUGAUACAGUGAAUAUGAAGAAGAACCUAUGGCCUUUUGAAGAAUUUUCUCGGCUUCUCACACGCAACCAACUCACCUUGUUUGAAGUAAGCCUCUUUUUUUUAUUAUUGUUUUACAUGUUUAGGAGGUCUACAAUUCCUUCAUCAGUCAAAGCAUGGUGGCGAUUGUGGCUAUCUGCGCAAACGAUAAAGCUAAGCGCGAUAUGUUCUUGCAAGUUGGCGAACAUCUGAUGGCAAUUUCCAUUCUCAAUGGUGAUGUAGGUAGUAUAAUAUCAAUUUUUGAUUAUAAUUUCAAUAUUUGAAGAUCUACCCAGCAUUGAGGGUGCUUUCGAGGAUGAUGAAGUUAGAAUUCAACUUCAGAACGGUCUUGGCCACCAUGGGAAUGUAUAUUUCGCUUGACAUUGGAGAUUAUUUUGUUUAUGACCAACUAAAAUCAGUUCCACAAAAGCAAACGACUGAGACCUUGCUACAGUGGCAGAGAAGUAUGGAGUUUUGGGCAAAGUCGCUGAGGAGGCCUAACUACGAUGUAAGCGUUUUUAUGUUUUAUUUUUUAUAUUGCUUUAGGCAUCAUUGGUGCGAGAGAUUCAGAACGAGCUUUUGUUGAUCCAGAAAGAAAACAGUUUGACCUUUUACACGAGUUAUGCGAAGAUUUGCCUUCGGCAAGCUCUUGUCAACGAGUCUAAGAAGCCAAAUGCGGAUAUCUCUAAGACUUCCGACACUUUGAUGAACCUCCAUCGGAUAUACGAUUCCUGUUAUGGAUGUGUUAGUGCGGUCUUCCCGGAAUCCGUGAAUGGCGAGGGAUUGAUCGGACUCCUCGAGAGGAAGCCAGACGCACGAUCUUUUCACUUGUGUACGUUGAAAUUUGUCUUUCAAAUUUGUUUGAUCUAUCAAGUAUAAUAUAAUAUAUAAUUUUUCAGUGGAGUCCGUCGUCUAUGCCCAUGCCUUCAUGGAAGCUGGAUGCGACUUAGUGAUGGGUCUGGUGGAUGCCGGACUGACGAGAGAAGCCGAGUCCCGAGCCCUGGUUAAUCUGGGAUUGUCGUUGUCAACUUGUUUUUCAUAUCGGUAAGAUUGAUAUUUUGGGGAAUUUUUGUAGGGGAAAAUUUUGUAGGGAAAAGUGUGUUAGACAUCUUUUGAAAGCCUGAGAACUGUAGUAUGAGAUUAUAACAUCUGUUUUUGACUAGUGUGUACGGUUUUUCUGUAAUUUCGAUCGCAAAUCGGGCUGUCGAAUCAUGUGUAAUAUAAUUUUUUUGAAAAAUUUUUGAUGUAUGGCUUUAUCAUAUCAUCGGUAUUAUAUAUCAUUUGAAAGCUUGAGAAUUGUAGUAUGAGAUUAUAACAUCUGUUUUUGACUAGUGUGUACGGUUUUUCUGUAAUUUCGAUCGCAAAUCGGGCUGUCGAAUCAUGUGUAAUAUAAUUUUUUUGAAAAAUUUUUGAUGUAUGGCUUUAUCAUAUCAUCGGUAUUAUAUAUCAUUUGAAAGCUUGAGAAUUGUAGUAUGAGAUUAUAACAUCUGUUUUUGACUAGUGUGUACGGCUUUUCUGUAAUUUCGAUCGCAAAUCGGGCUGUCGAAUCAUGUGUAAUAUAUUUUUUUUGAAAAUUUUUUGAUAUAAGGCUAUAUCAUAUCAGUGGUAUUAUAUAUCAUUUGAAAGCCUGAGAAUUGUAGAAUUAGAUGGUUGACUCACUUCAAACAUUUACAGCAAUUUUUAACAUAAUUUUGCAAUGAAAAUGUUAGGAGGUCACCUUGAUAUUAUUCUUGCUGAAAAUCCAUAAUAAUGUUUAUUUUUAGUGUAUAUCGAGCGCUCAACCUGUACUAUUGGCCUAAAUGGAGGAUCACCACGGAUCGGCCGCAUUUAGAGCCGAUGUUGGAAUGGUUUCAGCAGCUUCGAAUGGUGAGUUACCCAUCAAAUUUAACUUGUAUAUUUUUUAGCCUCGAUCUUCAAGCAGCCAUCAAACCAAAGCCGAUCCGGAAGCAGAAGUGAUCACCGAGCUGUAAGGAGUUUUUUGUCGAUUUUUGGAAAGGAUUUAAUGUUAUUUUUGACCUUAUUUUAGGCAGAAUAUCGACAUCAACACCGGAUUUGUUUCCUAUAAAUAUCAAUACAUCCCAAAGCCCACAAAGAGCCCAGAAGCCCACACGAUCCGAUGUAAAUGCACGUUCUGUGUCCUCAGAACGAACCAGUUGAGGUACACCUUAACGGAAUUGAGGAGUGAAAGAAGUUCGGCCGACUUUUUAUGCUCUGGACUGUCGAAAAUGGCGGCGGAUACGGUUUUAAAAGCAUUUGGGGAAAGGAUAAGUAGCCUGACACAAGAAAGAAAGCUUGUUGAAGACGAAUGGACGGAUUCGGUAAGGAAAUUUGAGAAAAAUUUUGAUUUUGAGCUGAAAUUUGUAAAAUUUUAUGUUGUUUUAGGUAAUGAAGCCGUUUGUCCCCUUGAAAUUGCUGCGAGUUCCCAUGUAUUUACUGAAUGACUUCAUAAAAUCAACAAAUGCCUCGAAUUUGGGACCGUUGGAAAGGAACAAUAUCAUUUCUACUGUUCUUAGGGCAAGUACAAUAUAAAAAUUGUUGACCAAAUGGUUUUUCUCAAUUUUUUUAGGCUUUUGAAGAAUCGCCAAGCAAUAAGACAGUCCUGCGAUCGAUUUUCUUGUUGUUCAGGCAUUCCCGACGCCCAAAUCCACCUCCAUUUGGCUUCAAAUGGCUGAAAAAUAAAGAAUCCAGCAGGAUUGACGAUAAAGUUUUCGAAAUUGACGGCAAAAUCUUUGAAUCGUACACUGAAAUGAAAGAAUUUCGACAUUUGUUGUACAGAGAGUGGAGGUUUGAAGUCUCGACAUACCUCGCGGCCAACUGUGAAUGCCUCUUGAAGGCCCUACGGCCAGCUCAUGUGGCUUUGUAUUUCUCGGAGAGCAUGUCGAUAGCCUUGAGGGCGUCGAUGAGAAGGAAAUUACAUCGGAAACUGGAAUACGAAAAUAUGAAAGUGGGUUGGAGAUGAUGAUUUGGGUGGAUUUAUUUCACAAGGAAAGUACUUCUAUGGGGUAGGAGUUACAGGUCGAGAAGUAUGUCAUAAAAAUCUCAAAAUUUUUCUGAUUCAGAAUAUGUAAAAUUAGCUGCCCAAUUUUGGUUUGUAAGGGCGAAAAAAACCUCGGAACUUUUCUGGCAGCACCACGCAAAUGCUUUUUUGACCAAGUUUUUAUCAAUUCAAAGGGUUUGUUUUGAUCUAAAGUAAACCCUGGUAUCUUGGCAAGCCUUAAAAUAUCAAAUUUGAAUGAUACUACACCUUAAUCAGGUUUUUUUUACACCGGAUCUACUUUUUUACAUUAGGUUUGCUAUGUAUUAAGGUGUAGUAUUAAUCAAAUUUGAUAUUGUAGGGUUUGUCAAGACACCAGGGUUUACUUUAGCUCAAAACAAAGCUUUUGAAUUGGUAAAAACUUGGUCAAAAAGGCAUUUGCGUGUGUUGCGAGACAAGUUCUGAGGAUUUUUUCACCCUUACAAAGCUAAAUUGGGCAGCUAUUUAUGCUGAAUCAGAAAAAUUUUACGAUUUUUUUGAUAUAUCUCUCGACCUGUAACUCCAUACUCCAUAGAAGUAGUUUUUCUUGUGAGAAAACUUCCAAGGCGUUUUGCAGAAGAACCCUGAUAUUUUAAGGCCAAAAAUAGACUUCUCUAGCCAAAUUUUUAUCAAAAAAUAUCAGUCUGUCGGAAAAAUAACGGCGGAUCGUCGCAGCAAAAUGUCUCGCAUCGCCGCUGUCGCGCACCAAAUCCCCAGCCGCGGCUUGCAGUCGCAAAGCGAUGAUGGGCGAUUCCGAGGCGCGACGAUCCGCCGUUAUUUUCCCGACAGACUUAUAACGUUUUUUUUGAUGUAAAGCGUCUAAACCGUAUGUAAUUUCAGCGAGAUACCCUCGCCGAAUACGACCCAUACCCCCUCGGCUUCAUCGAAGACUCCAAUGACAUCAUGAACAAACAUCGCGCCCUUCCCACCGACACAACAAUAAUUCAACUCUCAUUUGACUCGAAUGACAUUUUAUGGCUGAUCAGAUAUAACCCAGCACAAGAGGAGAUAUUCUCGAUACCUUUGAGGCAUGUCCCGUCCGCCGGAAGCUUGGAUGUGAAUCCGAAAGAGGCGGAUAAAUACUUAUCGAAGCUGAGAGAAGUCCUCACUCAGUCGGAUCGAAGUACAAGAUUGAAUAGUGACCCCAAGAGCUUCUGGGCGAAUAGGCACGAGUUGGAGAAGAGUUUUCAGGUGGGAGAUUUGAAUAAAGAUUUUUGGGUUGGGUUGUAAGUGGGACCAAUAAAAAUUUGUUUUUAAAUUUUUCGUUGGUCCCUCGGAGUGGCCUUAAAAAUUUUCUGAUAUUGACUUUCGGGCUGUUUAGAAGAGCCCUGGGAAAUUUGGCGAGAAUUGAAAAGUUUUUAUUAUGUUAUACUUGGGGCACUUUCCGAUUUGAAUAAAAAAUUGGACUAGAAAAUGAAAGUUAAGUUGCUGAAACCGUUGUUACAAAAGAAUGGUCUGAACUUCCCCAAGAUUUCGGGAAGUGACUAGUACAGGGCACUGCGGGUCGGGUCAAGUUUUUUUCAUGGGGUGGUCAAGUCUUUCCCUUAAUAUUAUUUUUUCCCCGAUAUUCAGACUGUUAUAUCGGAGGUUAAUCAAGGUAAAUCUGGUCAGUUCUUGUUGAUUAUUUCAAGGACAAGUCUUAUUCUAUUAGGUUGAGUCAAAAUUAUCCGGCGGUUUUAUUGGUGCGUUUUUUGUAAGUUAAAAUUUAUGUUUUGUUAAUGUUUUUUUUUAUAAAAAUAAUCUUCUCUGGUUGGUUAAUAAAAUGGCAGCCGAAACCCAUACUCAUAUUUGCCACAUUAUGCUCUACCACUUCGAGAAAAGUUGGAAGUCAGCACGGUCAUUCCGCGAUCUCAACGAACUUUUCGGCGAAGGAACAAAAAAUAGACACGAUUUCCCAGUGGAUGAUUCCGCUUCUGUCCCACCACACAUACGACGUAGCCUUCUUACAGUGGACGUCUUUUGGUACUCCUUUGGGCGAAACACCUGCCGAUUUUUUUCCUUCGCCGAAAAGUUCGUUGAGAUCGCGAAAUGACUGUGCCGACUUCCAACUUUUCUCGAAAUGGUAGAGCAUAAUACGGCGGAUAAGAGUAUGGUUUUCGAAACACAUUUUAUUAACUAAAUAGUAAAGAUAAUUUUUAUUAAAAAAACAUAAACAAAACGCAAAUUUUAACUUACAAAAAACGCGCCAAUAAAACCGCCGGAUAAUUUUGACUCAACCUAAUAUUUUUAGAAAUCAAAUUUGAUUGAAUUACGGUGUGGGUUUGCCUCAAUUUUUAGCAUUCUUUGGGGGUAGGUAUUCUAUACCUAAAUGAUCAAUUGUGAGACAGUUUCAAGUCUGAUUUACGAUAUCGUUUCCAUUUCACCUUCGGACGUACGCCACCUGUCCAAUAAAGGUAAGUAACUGUGAAUCUGGUAGUCCGUUUUUUAGUUAUUAAAGAUUUUGUAUAUUAUUCUAGGUUAUUCAGAAAAUUUUGUACGGGAUUUGCCUGGUUUUCCCUCAAAAUCACGUCCAACAUAUUAAUUUUACUGUCCUAACCACGUUUUCCAUCACCAGAGGUCUUCACAGAUGUGAUCCAGAUGUUAUACGUUACAGGGAUCAUGUAUAACAUCCGCCUGAAAAAAACGCUAGAUUGGUCUCAAACACAUUUUUGCUUCGCUUGAUGAUCCUCGAAAGUAUUUUCCUUGAUUUUUAUGAACAUUCCGCAUAGUUUGGGCGUUGAAUUUCAUCUCUACCUAAAAUCUGCAUCAAGUUUGGACACAAAGAAAAAGUCUAAAAGAGAAGGAGAAACCUGUCCACUUACGUUUUUAUAGGCACUAGAGACCAAUAUUACGCCAAAUAAUCUAAUUAAGGCCGAAAACUUGGCAAAUCUCAACAAAAAUCUUCAAAAGUACCUAGUAUAAUAUACAAAAUCUUUAAUAACUAAAAAACGGACUACCGGAUUCACAGUUACUUACCUUUAUUGGACAGGUGGCGUACGUCCGAAGGUGAAAUGGAAACGAUAUCGUAAAUCAGACUUGAAACUGUCUCACAAUUGAUCAUUUAGGUAUAGAAUACCUACCCCCAAAGAAUGCUAAAAAUUGAGGCAAACCCACACCGUAAUUCAAUCAAAUUUCAUUUCUAAAAAUAGAAUAAGACUUGUUCUUGAAAUAAUCAACAAGAACUGACCAGAUUUACCUUGAUUAACCUCCGAUAUAACAGUCUGAAUGUCGGGGAAAAAAUAAUAUUAGGGGAAAGACUUGACCACCCCAUGAAAAAAACUUGACCCGACCCGCAGUGCAGGGGGAUAGAAAUUUUAGAGCAGGUCCGCUUUGCUAAGAAGGAUCGUUUUCCAGAUGCAAAAUAAGCCUGACAGACGAGAAAAAUCGACCGAAAGUUCCACAAAAAUUUCUUUCACCGAUGGAAAACUUCCCCAAGCAUUCAGGAAAGUGACCAGUAAAGGUGGAUAGAGCAGGUCAACUUUGUUAAAAAAAUGCUCUUUUCCAACCGCGAAGGAAAUUUUUGUGGAACUUUCGGUCAAUUUUUCUCGUCAGUCAGGCUUGUUUUGCAGCUGGAAAACGACUUUUUUUACCAAAGUUGACCUGCUCUACUAGUCAUUUUCCCGAAAGUUUGGGGAAGUUCAGACCAUUCUGUUUUAACAACGGUUUCAGCGACUUUACUUUUAUUUUCUAGCCCAAUUUUUAAUUCAAAUUGGAAAGUGUCUCAAGCAUAACAUAAUAAAAUUCUUCAAUUCUCGCCAAAUUUCCCAGAGCUCUUCUAAACAGUCCAAAGACAAUCCCAGAAAAAUUUUAAAGGCAAUAAACCGAUUUUUUGGGGCCAUCCUUACCAUAACCUUUAACUUUUUGGACUAAGAAUGGGAAAUUGUUUGAGCUGUUUGAUUUUUUUAAAUUUACAGAUUGCGAUGUUCGGCCUCGAAAAUGAGUGGAUUGACUAUUUUGCACCCCUGUUCAAGCCAAUCUCGACACGUUCGACGUCCCACCCGCAAUUUCGCAGCGCUAUGAAAGGUUUUAUGCUAUGCGGAUACUCGCAAACUGUUGCUAUGGUAAGAAAAUUAGUUUUUUUUUUUGAAAAACAUAAUUUUAUAAACUUUUUAUUUGAAAUUAAUGGAUAAUAUUUUAGCUUCUAACCCUCGGAGUUUUCCAUUCAAAGGACGAAGAGAGCUUUCGGACGUUGGCCGAGGUCCUAACGGAACGAAUAUCACCGUUUACCUCGAAAAAACAGCCGGAUUCGACGACCGUUUUACAGUUGUAUAAAAAGCAUCGACCAAGAUUGACGGCAGUCUGCAAAGAACUGUCCGAAGAAGACUCGUUUCUGUUUUUGUCGGUACCUGGGGUAAGGUGAAGAUGGAAGAAUUGAUUUUCGUGGGAAAGAGGGUUGAUUCGGCCAAAGUUUUUUUAAAUCUGAGCUUUGCACGCUGAGAAAUCUCAGUUUUUGACGGGAUUUGUCGUACAGUGGUGGACCUGAUCCAGUGGCAAAAAACGUACUGUUUUGCAUCCGGGAAGUAUCAAAAAUGCCGCAAAAUACCUCCCUCUACAAGUGAAAAAACUCCAUUUUUGAAAUCGAAACUUUUUCACUUGGAGAAGGCGGUAUUUUGCUGCGUUUUUGAUACUUACGGGAUGCAAAAUAGCACCUUUUUUGCCACUGGAUCAGGUCCUCCAGUCUGUCCCCUAUGAAAUAUGAUUUUUUCGUUUCCAGUCGAUCAGUUUCAUCCCAUGGGAAGCGAUGAAAGUCUUUGAAAAUGUGCUCGUCUCCAGGAUUGCAUCCCUCCAAAUCUUUGACGUCCUCAAAGCACGCCACAAAAAGUUACCGACCCCCAUUGACCUCCGCAACUCGUAUUAUGUCCUAAAUCCAAGUGGAGACCUCGUGAAAACAGAAGAGCGCUUCAAAACAAUAUUGAACAACUCCAGUUGGACCGGAAUGACCGGCGCUCCACCACCGAAGGGCUCGGUGCUAACGACGUUGGAACACAAGGAUAUUUACAUGUAUGUAGGACAUGGGAAUGGCCUAAAAUACGCUGGAACUACAAGUGAAUUGCAGAAAACGGAAUGCAAGGCGUCGUGUAUUUUGAUGGGAUGCUCGAGGUAGGAAGGGAACAUCAAAAUUGUUUUUUUUUUUAUUUUUGAAAAAAAAAAUUUUUAAUUUUUUGAAAUUUUGUAUUGUUUUAGUGUGGAGAUCCUGGACGAAGGAAGAGGAUACGAUGGCCGCGCUCUCCUCUAUGAUCUGGUAGUCGCUCAUUGCCCAUGUGUGGUAGGAUGCCUGUACAUGGUGACGGAUGGAGAAAUUGACGCGGUCUUCAUGGAAAUGCUUAGAUAUUUGAAUCAAAAUCGAGAAGAGGAGAAAACAGAGUGGGUUUAAUUUGGCAGAUGAUAGCUGGGAGUAAUUGCGGAGGAAAGGGAGAGGAGAGAAGGGGUUUAAUUUAGAGAUUUUUGGCUAUUGUAUUUCGAAAAUAAGGGAAAUUUUUUGGCAAGUUUGUCAGAAAUUCGAUUGGUUUUUUUCAAUGAUGGCGUUAUGUUCAAAACGUUUUGUAGAAUUGUAGGUCACUGAAAGUUUACAAAAAACUCGAUUUUUCAUACUCGAAACUUGGCAAAAAAAAUUCUCGCAAUACUCUCCGCCGGUAAAAACCCGUAGAACGCUAAAAUUUGCAGAAAUUGGUCUUUGAUCUACACUCAAGGUAAUUCUUUAGAGAAAAAUAAAAUUUAACGUUGCCUUUGAGAACGAUCCGUUGUAAAAUGGCCUCAAUCUCGUCUUCGAAGAUAUUUUUAGAGCUCUCCUUUCUUUUCACUUUCUAAUUUAACUUUGAGAUUGCUGCGAUAAGCACAGUUACAUAUUGACCAUUCUGUUUACAGAAGUGGAAGAUACCGCCUUCUUCUUCGAGCCGUCAAACAUGCCCGAGGAAGCUGUCGCCUGAAGAUGCUCACUGGACAUGCCGUUGUUUGUUAUGGUCUCCCCACCUCAACAGAGAACCCAGACCCUCAAAUAGCAUCGAGUAUACCAGCGUCCACCCAUAACUUUCUCAAAACCAAGGUUGAACGGAUUGCAGUGUAG